AUUUUGUGAAUUAACGCACCCACUACAAAAUGCUUCUUUCCUGGAUAUUUCUCACAGACAUGGAUGUUUUAAUGUUCACUUUCAGGGUUUGAGAGAUCAGAAACUGACAAUGGCCGGCUUUUGUAAUUUGAAUGGACAGACGAAAGACUUCGAUGGAAUCAUAUACAGAAAAUGACGACUUGAAACACAUAUUUGUUAAACCAGAAAACAUUUGGAAGCCAGAAUUAAUGGUCGAUAACGCACUUCAAGAUAUAGAUAUUAUUUCAAGUGAUGAACUUCAUCUUCGUGUUAGAUAUGAUGGCACUGUCGACUGGGAACCACCCAUGCUGUUUGUCACUCACUGUGAGGUGGAUAUUACAUAUUAUCCAUACGACACGCAGAGAUGUGCAGUGGAACUUUUGAGCUGGUCAUAUACUAUUGACGAGGUCAUCUUGGAUCAUCUAUUUGAAGAAGUCAGUUUGGAGGACUUUAAGGAGCAUGGAGAAUGGCAUAUGUUGUAUACAGAGAUCGAUGACAAAAAUUUGACAGAACAUCUACCUGACGGAACACUGAGGGUAUAUCCCCAAAUAAAUUUCCGAGUGAUUCUUGAGCGAAGGGCGGGAUUUUACAACUUAAAUGUAAUGAUGCCGAUUACAGUGACGUCACUAAUGGUAGUUUUGGUUUUCAUUGUUCCUCUGCAUUCGGGAGAAAAAAUUUCAUAUAUUCUCACAGAAUUCCUGGCUCUUCUCGUGCUCCUUACGAUAGUGGUCCCACCAACUUCUAUUACAGUAUCUAUACUAGGGAUAUACCUCGGCGUUGUGCUGAUACUGGCAGCAUUAGGGAUACUGGUUACAGUACUGAUCAUGUACCUGUUUCACAAGGAAGGGGCACCAAAGAAAGACUCCUUGAUCAUGACAAUGACAAUAUGCCUUGCAAGAAUGCUUUGCUGGAACACUUCUUGUGUUAAGUCUGCGGGCGAGGAAACACCUACAAUGCGCUUUUCGAUGGGAUCCUACAACUUUGAAGAUGCAGGUUAUAUAAAUGGGAAUUUAGAAAAUUUCAGUAAUGAUACCAAAGAUGGUACAAAAGUUGUUAACAAGAUAAAGAGUGAGAGAGAUGAAAACGAAAUUACUUGGAAAUUUGUUGCAACCGUCUUUGAUAGAUUUUGCUUCUAUCUUUUCCUGAUAUCCACAAUUUUAAUGAACUUGUCCUUUGUCUUUGCUCUGUCUGAAGGUGGAAAGUCUCCUAAGCAUUAACAGAAUGAAGGACAGUUUUUAACAAAAUGUAUACUCGAACCAGUGCUAAAAGCAGCUCAAUACAGUCAACACCUACCAAACAGUUUUUUCUUUGAAGUAUUUGCAAUGCAAUUAAGCCCGUGAAUAUAACCCAAUGAUAAAUUAUAAAACAUUUGGCUGUUCAAAGAAUUGUGACCUGAAAUCCCCUCCAAAUCGGUCAUACGCAAUGUUGAAUAAUUACUCGCACAAUGCCCACGUGAAAUUAUUUCGCUGGCAUAUAACCUCUUUAUCAUUUUUCGAUAUGCGAACUCUUAGCAUCACCAUGAUUGUUUUUUUUAUAACAUAAUUUUAAUUCGUUCUUUUUUAAACAAAGAAACUUCAGUCUUUUUUGCAUAAACCUCUGUUAUGACGAGUGCCAAACAGAGUAAAUGAUCAAUUUAUGCCUUAUUUGCCAGUAGCUUACUACUAAAGAAAAAGUUCAAAAAACACAUUAUAAAUAGUUAUACUGAUGAUAUUCAAUCAACAGAAACUUUGUUUUUGCAUUACAUGAAACACACAACACAAAAUGAAUAUACAUUUGAUUAAAUAACUUACUGUACCCGAGAGAGUUUCUUAAUUAUUCCAAUUGUCAACGAUGUAUUGGUGAUGAAUGUCAUUUCUUCUUUUUGUCCUUUGUAUAAUGGUAUUCAUUCUCUACACGAUGGUGUAUAACAAUAGUCGCCCGGCCAUAUAAACGUGAAUAUAUGGAAAGAAAGCAAUAAAACUUUUCAUAGACAAGAACAUUUAUCUCAUUAUAUUUUUCAAAAAAAUGAAUAAUAAGAAUUUGUUCAUAUUCAUUGGGAUAUCAAAACAGAUUUAAAGCAAAACGUCACUGACGUAAAUGAAAUCAGAUAUCGACCAUUUUUUCCAUUUUUGUUUUGUUCACACGGUGCAAUAACAAGCGUCCGCACUACUUCACUAACUUUUACCUGACAUUAAGUUUCAUCUUUCCAUUUACAUAUUGAGCCCGACAGUAAUAAACUUGAAUGUUGAUGAACAUUGUUACAAUCUGUUGUUUUUUUUCUCUUGCAAUUCGUCUUCUGAUAAUGUAAAAAGGCUCAUUCCUGUUGGAUCUAAGUCCUUGACUUUUGGCUUUCUAUAUAUAAAAUUUGUAACUUUGGUAUGUGUAUAUUUUAAUUACGUGUUUUAAAUAACAUUUACUUAUUUACCUCCAUUGCAUUAUCUAUGUUUAACCACAUUAAAGAAAUCUAAUAUAAUAACAUUUUGUUGAUUGGUUAUCUGCUGACAAUUAUGCUGUUAUUUUACAUAUUGCAUUUCAUAUGAAUGUCAUUACAUGUUGCAUUUUGUACAAUAAAGCUUUUGAUUGAAUUGAAUCGAUACUAUUGGUUGCUUACCAUACAUUGUGUUUGAAAUAGCAUUAUGAUUGUGUAGUUAUACAAGAGUGCCGUAAGCGGACCUGAAUAAAACA